GAAAUUCUGAUCUAUUUGUUAGGUAUCUAUUUUGGAGUGAUUCAGGUUCUCAAACACGAAUUGAAAGGUCAUUGUUAUCAGGGUCACAAAGAAAAGUAUUAUUUUCAACAGAUUUAUUACAUGUAAGUUCAAUUACGGUAGAUCAUGAAGAAAACAUGAUAUAUUGGACAGAUUCUGCAUCUGGUAUUAUAGAAAGAUCAAAUAUUGAUGGUAGCAAUAGGCAAGUUAUUCUCUCUCAAAAAGAAGGAAUUGUAUCUUAUCCAGUUUCUGUUGCUGUUAAUACAAAUUAUAUAUUUUUUGCAGACAGAAGUUAUAAAGAUGGAUCUAUAAUACAAGUGAAUAAAAAUAAUUUUAGUGAUUUUAAUGUUUUAAAACAAAAUUAUGGAAGAAAUAUUGGAAAACUAAGAGUUUUUGAUAAAAGACUUCAGAAAGGUACCAACGUCUGCAAGUAUAGAGGAAGUUGUGAUCAUUUAUGCUUGUAUGAAGGCAACAAUAAGUAUACUUGUGCUUGUUCUUACAGUAAACUUGGAACAGAUCAGCAUAGUUGUCUAGAUUAUACACAGUUAAUGCUCAUGGCUGAGAAAACUACAAUAAUGGCAUUGUCUCUUGAUGAUCCAAAUUCUCUAAAUCCUCCAGUACCAGCUAUAGAAGUUGGUCAUAAUAUAGAGAAAAUUAUUGCUCUUGGAUAUGAUAGAUAUCAAAAAGAAAUCUUUUUUAGUGAUUUAUAUGAAGAGCCAUAUUUAUUUAGUAUUAAAUUAGAUGGAACUGGAUUGCGACCUCUCUUAAAAGAUAAUACUGUAAGAUGCAUAGAAGGUUUAACUUAUGACCAAAUCCAUGGAGAACUGUAUUGGACUGAUAGCGAGACACCUUCUAUUUGUCGUUUGCGAGUGGAACAACGUGGUGAAAUACAACGGCAACCAUUUGAAGCAGAAAUUAUUCUUCUAUUAGAUAAUGAUGACAAACCACGAGGAAUCACUUUAGAUAGUUGCAAUCUGUAUUUGUUUUGGACAAAUUGGAGAGAAGAUACACCCAAAAUAGAAAGAUCUUAUUUUAGUGGUGCUCAAAGAGAAGUAAUCGUUUCUGAAAAUAUUAUAAGACCAAAUGGUUUAACACUUGAUCUUUCUUCAGAAACAUUAUUUUGGGCUGAUGCUAAAAAGGAUGGUUAUGUUAUUUGGAAUUGUGAUAUUGAUGGUUCAAGAAGAAGGAUUAUAUCUGAAGGAACAGGCCAUCAUCCAUUUGAUAUUGUUGUUCAUGGUAGUUUUCUUUAUUGGACUGAUUGGGAAACUGGUGCUUUGCUACAAACAGAAAAAUCAACUGGAAAAGGUCCUGCUAUUAUAAGAAGUAAUUUACAACAGCCAAUGGGUCUUUUUGCUGAGUCGUCAACAAUUAUGAAAUGUAUGUCUGUUGUAACAGAAAUAGGAUCAAAAACAUCUUUUCCAACAAAUGAUUGUUAUGAAUACUGUCUUAAUGGAGAUAUAUGCAAUCCACAAAAAGAGAAAAAACAAUGCUUUUGUGCUGAAAAUAUUACAUCUCAAUGUGGAGUUCAUAUAGCUUCUGAAUCGUAUUCUCAUAAUUCUGAAAUAGCAACUUUUUCAAUCAUUUUAAUAAUAAUCAGUAUUAUAUUAGUGUUGAUAUUUAUUAUGGUUGGCAUUACACUUUACCAAAGGAGACAAUGUCAGAAUCUUCAUCCAUUUUUCAGUUUGCCUUUUAUUAAAAGAUAUGCUCAUCCUUAUACUGGGAACUGUACAACAAAUAUGACUAGAGAAUCUUCAUUUUGUAAUGGUAGUUGUGAAGAGUUCAGAACUGAGGGAAUUCAGCUUGACCAAUCCACUGUUUGAUAGUUACCAGAGUAAUAAACUGCAUGAAGAGAUUUUCAAAAUAACUGUUCCUUAUAAAGAAGCUGCAUAUAUAAAUGAAAUCAAUGUUUAGAUAUUCUAUUAUUUUGUGAUUUUACUUUUAAUUAUAGCAAGAAGAAAGGCUAGAUGACUGAAUUAUUAGAAAAAUUGCUCAGACUGUAAAUUGGUGCCAUAGAAAUUAGCAUCAUACUCUUCAAUGGAAAAGGUGAAGAUGAGCCACACUAAUUUGCACGUAAAAAAUUUCGGCACUAGAUACAGCAUUACUCUAUAUUUAAACAAUCACUGUAAAUUAAUAUAUAAUUCUAAGUCAUACACUGACUAUUACAAUUCUGUAUUAAAUUUACAGGAAAUAAUUCAAUUGGUGCUGUAUUUGUAGCUUUGUACAGUAUCUGUACACUAUUAUUUAGUGAUAUCUAGGAAGGAAGGCUUCUCUUCUAUUAACACUCAUUCCAAGAAGGAAUAGUGGAUUUUAUGUAGAGAAGAAGUCUUUACUGUUUAAAUUGUUGAAAAUUCAAAACUUUAAUAUUAAAUUGGAAAAGUUAGAUUUACAUUGUUCAAAGAUCAAAACAUUUAUUUAUGAAAGUUUAGUAAACAAAUAUUACAACUUCGUUUUUAUUUGAACCUUAAAUAUAAGGUAUUAUAUUCUGUUUAACGAAAAAUUUAUGUAUAAUAUAUCUGUGAUUUUUAACUAUUUAACCAAAAGUAAUUUUUUUUUUUAAUUAUUUUAGAAUUAUACAAAUAUGUUAUAUCAGAUAAGGAAGAACCUUCAUCUGUCACUGUGAUUUAUAUUAUAGAAACCAAUUUUUGUGAAUUCAAACAGAUUGAUUUAGAAGUACUGGGAAUGCAAACACUCAUUUUAAGGAGAAAUAGUGGUUAUUAUGCAUUUCCAGUUCUUCUAUCAAUAUAUUUAAUGCAAAAAAGUUUUUUUUUACAAUUGAUAAAUGUUAUUUUUAGAAGUUAUUUACUAAAAAAUAAAGUGAAUGUUUAAUUUGUUCACAAUUAAUGCAUAAAUACUGUAUGUUUAAAUUUCAGUCUGUUAGAAGUAUAUGAAAAAUUAUUUAUUCAUAAUGUAAUAUGUCUGUCUUUAUAAUCGAAAAAUAUGCUUAAUUGAUAUAAUUUUCUGUAUAGUUUACACAGUACACAUGAAAUUACUAUGUAAACAAAAUUUAAAUACAAA